AUGCAUGAGCAUUUCACCCGAUCCGGCCGAAUGUCACCGAAUACGUAUGGUAAUAAGCUCGACUUUGCCCUGACUCACUAUGGACGGGCAAUUCGAGAAGUCGUACACAUAAACGAGACGAGAGGGGAGCAUGCAUUUGACUGUGCCCUCAUCACCUGCGGCUUAUUCUCAAUAUUCGAGUCUCUACAGGGUCACUAUCACUCGGCAUUCAGCCAUGCCGUCAGUGGGAUCAAGAUCAUGGCGGAGUGGCAACAAGACCGUCUUUCAAAACUGCGAACAAGCGAUCGCAACAUGUACAUCGCGCACUCUGAGCUGAUGCGCUUUUUCUUUGCGUUUUGGAGGCAGAUUUUAGAAAUCGGUGACUGGAAUUUCCAAGGGGAACGCCCACUGCUGGACCCCCCGGCUUGGAGAACCCCAGAGAUAUUUCGAAGCAAUGACGAAGCGUUGACUUACGUGGAAUACAACAUGUCUGCCUUCUUCGCCUUCUACGAGAAAACAGAGAGGCUUACCAGAACUGGCGCCAUGACUCCAGAGAUAGGGGUCGACAUGCAGGCGAAGUUUCAGACACUCACGAAGUCUCUUUCCGAUUGCGAACAGGCCUGCCAGGCGAUGGUAGCCUCGCGGGCGGAUCCCUCUCUUGGAAAGACCCCUUCAGGACUGAUUUUGGGUAUUCACCGGAUCCUUCUCACUAUAUUCGUAGCUUUGAUGCAAACAACUAUGGAGCCUGAUGCUUUCGAUCACCAUCUACCAUUGAUACAAGAAGCUCUCGAUUUUGUCGAGGAAUUCCUAGUGGUGACCAAUUCUCUGAUUCCUGGGGACUCUCCGCCAAGAUCACGCAAAAACAGCCCAUCCCGAUCCGUCUCACCAGAAACAAGAGCCCUCUCGCUGGACAGGACAAUGGCACCGAGAUUCUCCAUGUCUCCGGGCGUGGUGCCAAUUCUGUUCGUUAUCGCAACCCGCUGCAACGAGCUGUCCGCGCGAGACAGGGCCCUCCAUCUUCUCCGCAUCUGCAACCGCAAGGAGGGCUUCUGGGACUCGCAACUAUCUGCAUGCCUGGCUACUCGAACGAUAGAAAUUAAAGCUAACGCUGUGGAAAAAUUCAGAUCUGCUACUCCCAACGGGUUCGGCAACCGAGAGGUACGUGACUCGGAUAUCACGAUGAAGCUGGAGGCUAUACAAUACUACCCGGAUAACGAAUGCGUGUUGCACUAUUCUUUGAUGUGGCCACUGGGCGAUGACGCCAGCGACGAUGGUAUGGGCCUCGCCCUCGGCACACCAGGGGAGGCACUGAUACGGAAACGUGACUUCUCAGAGAGGCUCGCUUGGGGAGAUCAGCUUGACGUCGUCGGCACUGAGGAUGCCUUCACCAGCAUGAUGCCAAACGGGCUGAUAUCCGAGGAGAUCCGGAAGCCGCUGCACGUGUGGGAGAAACACGGCAUGGUCCGUUGA